CCUUCCUCCAGCUACGGCUGUUCCCUUCUCGUCCGCACCCGCUUCAAACCCUCGCAAGUAUCCACUCCCACGGCGGCGGCGGCGGCGGAGACGGAGGCGACCACAACAGAGCUCCCACCGGGGACGUCUCAGCUCAUAAAUGGAUAGCGGAAGCGACUCCGACAGCGCCCCCGAGGAGCUCACCGCCGUCCAGGGUGUGGAGAAACAUGAAGAAACCAGCAAUGUAGAGAAGGACAGCGCUGUCAGAGCAACCCAGGAGGAGAAAGACCGGAGGAAACGCUGGGCCCAACGGAAAACAUCCUCAAAACUGAAUAAAAAGAAGCCUCUGAAAGUAGAAGAUAAAGAUACAGAAGUGGAUGAGGAGACACAUGCUAUGCCUGGGACACUUCCCAAGAGCGUAAUUGAAAUGCUUGCAGCACGUGAGAAGCAAACCUUCUCAUCAGAUUCUGAGGAAGAAAAUGUAAACCAAAAGGUCCAAAAGAAGAAGAAAAGAUUGAAAACUGCAACUACUGGACCUGAAACAAUUCUGCUGAAAGAUGUUCGGUCAACGGAGCACAUUAAAAAGGCCCUCGAAUUCCUGAGUCGCAGGAAAAACCAGGUGCCAAGAUCCAAUGCAGUUUUGAAGAAUCCUAAUGCUAUGCGUCUCUUUAAUAAACCUAAUUUCACGAGUUGAGUGUGGCAGUCCGAGGCAGUUUCUGAAUUCUGUGUUGAGGCUCGUUUGGAAGACUGAUAUGGUUGACAGGUUGAGAUAUCAAUUGUUUUUAUGUGUUUGAUGAGAACGAGUCAUAUAUGCUUAAUUUGCAACGCCACAUGGGUGUGAUGAUGUAUAAUGUCCAUCCUCGUUAGAAAUCCUAUGCUCUGUAGGUGUUGCAUGUUUUUUGACCUUUGAGCUAUAGUUAUGUACGGAUAAUGUAUCACCUGUGAGCUGAAUGCGCAUAGUAUUGUUCAACACCUCUCCAUGGUCCACAUUACUGUGAAGCAUGUGUUUGCCAGUUCAUAUUC